GUCCGUCACGUCAUCCAAAACCCCUUCGUCAGUUCUCCAUUCCCAAAGUAUGAGUCCGUCCCCUCCAGACUCUUCCCGGUCUGCAGGAGGAAACAAUAAGCAUCCUCGGUCUCUAUCGGAUACGCCCGUGAGCUUGUCAUCUUCGCAAUCGACGGCAUCGGAGAACCGCAAGCCAGCCCCUUACUCUGCAGCAUCUUCACCAAAGUGGCAACAUUCCUCUACUUCCUCUCAUAAACAAACAUCUCCGCCAAGGCGCAAGUUACAACCCACCGCGAGGCCAAAACGGAACGCUUAUGCUCCCUUAGCUGCAUCACCGUCGUUGGUGAAUGACGAGAGAUAUUCACUGGAUGCAGUCAGUCCGCGAACAGGGACGUCGAACGGAAAGGAUUACUUUGCCGUAACUCACGACAACUCCUCCGAUUCAGAGUCAGAAAGACCUCCAUCAUUCUCCUCGACACACUCUGCCGAGCGCUUAGUCAGUAGCUCGCCAGGCAAGGCAGAACGGUCGCCCCGCGUCCACAUUAGCGCCCGCUCUUCAGGGCGCUCUUCCCAAUAUAAUUCGGCACCUGAAAAUCCCUGUUACGCACCGAGCCUCAUGGAUAUUCCUCAGGAACCUGCCAUCGAUGGUCCCGCUCGUUACCAUGAUUCCCUAGUUAACCCACCGCCAGAAUUUGAAAACCCGGUUCCUCCUGUGACCCCACUUACUGGACAGCAAUUUCUAGCGAUUGUUGACGAAGUCCGUGCCGCCAUUAAUGACGGCAUCUAUCCGACACUUAUAUCACAAGGAUCUUCCGGUUCGUACUUUUGUCGUAACCGCGACGGUGAAAUUGUGGGAGUGUUCAAGCCAAAGAAUGAAGAACCUUAUGGACAUCUCAAUCCGAAAUGGACAAAGUGGAUACAUAAGAACCUUUUCCCCUGUUGUUUUGGACGUAGUUGCAUUAUACCCAACCUCGGUUACAUUUCUGAGGCAGCUGCCAGCUACGUUGAUCGCCGGCUACAACUGAACGUCGUCCCGCGUACGGAAGUUGUAUAUCUAGCGAGCCCUACAUUUUUCUACUCGAGAAGGGACUGGAGCGCAUACCGCAAGGGCAAACCACUUCCAGAGAAGGUGGGAAGUUUUCAAGUCUUCUUGAAAGGAUUUAAGGAUGCCACUAGAUUCUUUCGCGAAGGAUAUGAACGGAUGCGCAGAGCGGGAAGUGCAAGUGGAUCCCAACGCGGGUCUGCGGAAAACUUACCAGCGUCUGGAAAUGGUGCAAAUCCUUACCAGCCCUAUGAAUGGUCCGAUCGUGCACAGAAGGAGUUUCAGUGGGGUUUCGAAAGGCUGGUGGUACUAGACUAUCUGAUAAGAAAUACAGAUCGUGGCCUUGACAACUGGAUGGUGAAAUUUGAUGAGGAGGCGGAUGAGAACGAGAAGCGCGAACGGGCAGCUCAGGCUGAGGAACAGGUUUCUGUGACUCGUGCAAAAGAGGAAGCGGGUCCAAAGCCUGGCUCAGGUGCCACCAACGAUACAACUGUGGCAACGUUGCUCUCGAUGUCUAUACCAUCGGUUCCAUCCGAAGCAACCCUGGCGGAUGGUACAGCAAAUGUGGAAAGUAGCAGUGCCACAGAAGUGACGACCGCUGAUGCACCCCAGUCUCCAAGUUCCGUUGUUCCCGGAGUGGCUGUUGAUGUCCCGGACCAAACCACGGAUGUAAAUCAUCUGCCCCCUAAAGUGACUGCCGAACCUCUGACAAUUGACUCCAUCACAUCUGACGCACCCAACACUUCCUCUCAAGUUAAUAAACCUCCGCCUAUUGUACAGAUCGCCGCCAUCGACAAUGGUCUUGCAUUCCCCUGGAAGCACCCGGAUCGAUGGCGUUCAUAUCCCUACGGAUGGGCUUACCUUCCAGCUGCACGCGUUCCAUUCUCGCGUGAAACCCGCAUACAAGUUCUUCAUCUCCUCACUUCGCCGACCUGGUGGCGGGAAACCAUGGACGGCCUGGAACGGCUGUUUCGAAUUGAUCCAGAUUUCAGCGAAACCAUGUGGCGUCGACAACGCGCUGUGGUUCGUGGUGAAGGAUAUAAUCUGGUGGAAACCUUGCGAAGAUCCGAAGUUGACGGACGCGGAGGGAGUCCAUGGGGACUGGUUCGUCGUCCUGUCGUUGCGGUCUUUGAAGAGGAGAUUAUAGAUGAAAGCGAAGAUGGUGACGUUGACAGGGGAGCAUGGGCAGAAGGUGUCAUGGGCGGUCCAAAUAUGGGGAUGCGACCUGGCCGGAGGAGGAGCUUUGUGGAAAGGCAGGGAAGGAGGUUUGUUAAACGUGUGAGGCAGAGAUUUGAAACCUUUGCACGAAGUCGGCCGUGCUUUGAGAAUUGGUAGCCAUGGUGGAGAUGAAUUGCAUACAGAUAGAUGUCUGAUGAUCCGGCUCCGCACUAUCAUGUGGCAGGUCUUUUAUGGAUAUACAUUAUGUGCUCUAUUUUUAUUGCUAUGUGCUUAUUUUUGUCAAAGAACUGCGACGGGCCAGUAACAGAGCAAUGAACUCAAGAAGACCUCG